UGUUUAUUUUAUUAAUCUUCUCGGAAGAUACUACUUAUUUAUAUUAACAGAUUGUUAUUUGUUUUUUUUUAAAUAUAUAUGUGAUCGAAAAAAAAGUUGUUCUUACACGAUUUUUCAGUGUGUUAUUGACAUAAUACUUCUUUGUUUUUCAAAAUGAUGAAAGACAUUGGUGAGGAAGCUGCGGCUGAAGUUCAACCCAAUUUGGAAUUCGCCGACAGGGAUACUCCGAUCGUUGAUUUUUCCCAAUCAACAACCAAAUUGGCAAAUGGUUUACUCGCCAUUUAUCAACCCCCGUUGGAACAAAUAAAAAAAGAGCUUGAUGAUUUAACAAAAAAGCAAGAAAGUUUGAUGGAUCGAAUGUUAGUAGAAAAUAUCAAAAUUACGGACCUUGCAGAAGACAUAGCACUCAAUGAAAUGGUUUCAACAAUAAAAUUGUACCAAGGAAAAUUGGGCUCAAUUAAAAGAGAAAUGACAAGUAUCCACGACAGAACCUCCAAAUUAAAGAAACGAGCAUUGCGAUUGCAACAAAUGAAACAAAAAGAAGCAUUGACCAGAGAGCAUCAAAGAGAACAAGAACUAAGACGUGAACAGGACUUAAUUGGCAAACCUUCGACUGUCUGAAAAUUAUUUAUUGUUUGAGUAUCAAAAAUUGAGAAAAAAAAUUAUAUAUAUAUAUAUAUAGAAACAUAUACAUGUACGUAAUAUUACACUGUUAUCUUGCCUCAUACAUAAAAAGAAAAUCAAUUGAA